CAUUGGUACAAACCAGUAUUAAUCUAUUUACACAUCAUAUCGCAAUGCACGCCAUAUUACCUAAAAAACGUAGUAGUACUAUUAAAAAGACACGUCGUAAGCAGCUAGUUGCUAAGAAUCCCAAACGCGAUGCCAGAGCCCAGCGUGCUCCGCCAAUAAACUUGCAGCGUCUGACUACCCUGGAUAGUUACAAACGUAUAGUGGCCAAGAUAUGUACGGAGGCAACUGCUGAACCCGAAAAUGGACUUGAAAGUGUGGCUAUCCUUUUUGAUAUGGUCGAUAGGAAGGGUGGUGGUACUGAUGAACUUAAGGAAUACGUCUCACGACUGGCUUUGAGGUCACUAGUUGCUGUGGCAGUGCAUCUUAUGCCACGUAUAUCAUAUGAAUUGCUAGUUGAUGAUGACGAGGACUCUGUGGAGUACGCAGGUCAAAGGAAGAUAGCUGAAUUGAAGAACGAAAAGGGUACCAAGAACAGCUCUAACAAAUCACGUAAGGUAGUGACUUCCACGAGUAAUUUGGUUGCUACCGAACAGCUAAUUUCCAAAAGAACUGCUGAGCUUCGUGAUCGCUUGGUAGGGCAUUGCCAGAAGCAUUUGCUAACUGAUCCCAUGUUGAUUGUACCAUUAGUAGCCAGGUUAGCUGCAGCCGAUGUGAGGCCUAAUGUACCAUUGCUUAAAUUAUGUGUGGAGUGCUGUAACUGCAAUGAUGAGGCAUUAGUGGAAGAGUGUCUCAAGAGUCUCAGUGAAGUGCUUAACCAAUACUCCAUCAGCGAUUUGGAUAAGGUAAUAAAAGUUAUAUAUAAAGACACGAAUGUAAACCUAAAUGUAAUACGCCUGGUCAAUUCCAUCCCAUUGGCCAAACGGCAGCAUAGCUUCAACAUCAUGGGUGAUAACGCAAAGACCAGUAACACCCAUGUUGAAUCUAUUUUAUCGCAUGUUAUUGCAUUCUAUCUACGGAUACUGGCCCAAAGUUCAGGUGAUAGGCUUGACGAGUGCCUCAUUGGCCUUGCAAGGUUUGGCGCUUUGGUAAAUGAAACUUUACAGACCGAGAUACUAAACCGCAUGAAGGCUAUAAUUCAAUCCGCUACAUCCCUGAAUCCAUCCACACAUGUGCGUGUGAUUCAAGCUGCGGCGUCUUUGUCUAGGGUACUACAAGCUCAAUCCCAUUGGAUAGUACAGGAACUCAGUCGUAUGGUUCAAAACACUGCACAGUUCCUUUGCCAGGGACAGGUAAUGCAUGAACGUAAGGAGUUACAAUUCUCAAUGCCAUGCCAUAGUUGGAAUGUAGUCCGUACUAUACAAAUGGUUACAAGUCAAGCUACGUGCCAGGGUGUCUCAUCUGAACUGGAGUCAUUAGUCCAUCUAGUCCAGGGAGUGCUAAGCUUAUGUCUAGUUUGUGAUACAGCUAUAUCACGAGCGCUACUUAGGGAGGUAUCGAAGGUCAUUGACCGUGUUCCAACGGUGGAGGCCGUGGUUGACCGUGAUGGAAUGGUCUUUUCAGUAUUAUCAAAAAGGGCAACUAGCUACUGGGAACUUGCACUACUAACCAGCCACUACGACAAUAAUAUUGUGGCUGCAUCCAAGGCACUGAUACACCAGGGUAGUGGAGCUACUCUUACGCAUACCAAGAAAAAUGACACCAGUCGAUCUGUAACCGGUGACAUUGCCGGAUGCGGGAUAGACGUCCAUGAACUGAUAUUAGUACCAGAAAGUGACAUGUUCGCGCAAUAUGAGCAUGUGCGCUGAUAAUAUCGUAGACAGUAUCUAGUGUCUGG